AUGUAUGAAGCCUGCUGUAAGAUGCAAAUUAUGUUGGUUAUGGGAAGGGAACAACAACUUGGAUUGCACCAAAGGCCCGGCUUCCAUGUACAAAUUACUUUCCUCAACGACAUGUCUGAUUUGGCUGCCACAGACACUUUAGCUGGCAUGGAUCAAACCAGUGAGGAUGGGGUUGGUUUGAUUUCCUGUUGUAAAUAUGUUCAGCGUUGUCUUUUGAUGAAAAUCCAGUUGCAGUUGGAGCUUUUGCAGCUACAGAGAAAGGCCUAUUUGUUGCUUGUUCAAAUGGAAAUGGUGGUCCUCAUAGUUUCACUUUCUUAUUGGUGCUCCUUGGAUCACAGUUGUCAAUGCCAUGAUAAUUGUUUGCGAUAUGGAAAUGGUGGUCCUCAUAAUUUCACUGUUCUUAGUGGAUCUCCUUGGAUCACAGCUAUUGGUGUCAGGACAAUUGGCCAAAUUGUGGGGAUUGAAUCGUUUGAAAUAGAGAGAGCAGGAGCUGCUGGAGCUAUAAUAAGUAUAGACUUCGCUAUAUCACUCUGGCCAAAAUACAUGCCAUACAAGCAGCAACCCCAAAAGAUGGAGAGUUAA